AUGAUUUUGCCCUUGACUGCAGUUUUCUUAGGAAUUAUACAUCUUUUCCCGGCCGUCCUAGCACAAACGACAGGCACUACAACCACGACGUGGGAUUGCUGUGAACCCGCAUGCGGCUACACGUCGAACCUUUCCCCAGGAGCCAGAGGCCCCGUUCGGUCCUGUAACAAGAGUAACGGGGCGGCAUCAGCGGGCGCGACAAAUGCGUGCUUCGCCAACGGCGCGACGAACCUCGCGUUCUCGUGCUCCUCGUAUCAGCCGACCAUCGUGAACAGCACAUUCUCGUACGGAUUCGCAGGACAUGGCAAUACAGCGACUGCUACAUGUUGUAUGUGCUACCAAUUCAAAUGGACCUCCGGCGCAGGGUCAGGCAAGUCGAUGAUCGUACAGGCCAUCAACGCUGGAGGCAUAACCGCAACCGAUUUUGAUAUCUACACCCCUGGCGGCGGCGUUGGUGAUUACAAUGGCUGCGCAGCACAGUACAAUGCGCCUGCAGAGGGCUGGGGAAGACAGUAUGGCGGCGUAUCUUCCGACGCGGAAUGCUCUCAACUUCCAUCGGGGCUCCAGGCCGGAUGUCAUUGGCGCUGGCAGUGGUCGGUAUCCUCUCACUUCUCACGCUUUGAUCCUGACUCGCUCUGCUUGCCUUCUUUUUCGAUCAUCGUUUAUGCGUGCAGGGCUGGAGGCGAUAUCAAUAACUGGCAGGUCACGUACAAGCAGGUGAAUUGCCCCUCGCAGUUGACGAGCAUCUCGGGGUGCAUGCCUGCGGCAAUUUGA